UAAAUUUUAAGCGGAGAAAGAGACAGAGGAGAGAGAGGCAGAUACACACACACACAUAUAUAUAUAUAUAUAUAUAUAUAGACAUACACAGAUAUAAUUGUUUUCCUUCCCCCCCCCGCGCGCGCGCUAAACCCCCAAGAAAUUAAUGGCCAUGAGCUCGUUCCUGAUCAACUCCAACUACGUGGACCCCAAGUUCCCACCCUGCGAGGAAUAUUCCCACAGCGAUUACCUUCCCAGUCACUCGCCGGAGUACUACCAGAGGCACCGGGACGCUCCGUUCCACCAUGACGAGGCGAUGUACCGGCCCGGGCCGCGGGCCGCCUGCGCGGAGCAGCCGUACGCGCCGUGCCCGGGCUCCGCGCAGCCCCGCGGAGGAGGCGCCGCCGAGCCGCGGCCGCGCAGCCCCAGCCCGCCCCCCGCCUGCAGCCGCGGCCCCGCCGAGCCCGUGCUUUACCCCUGGAUGAAAAAAGUCCACGUAAGCUCGGUGAACCCCGGUUUGUGCGGCGGGGAGGCGAAGCGCUCGCGCACGGCGUACACGCGGCAGCAAGUUCUGGAACUGGAGAAGGAGUUCCACUACAACCGGUACCUGACGCGGCGCCGGCGCCUGGAGAUCGCGCACGCCCUGAGCCUCAGCGAGCGCCAGAUCAAGAUCUGGUUCCAGAACCGCAGGAUGAAGUGGAAGAAGGAUCACAAAUUGCCCAACACCAAGGUCAGGUCCAGCUCCUCCUCGUCCAGCGCCCCGCAGGCCCCGCAGGGAGGAUCCCAAACGCAGAUCCCACAGGGAGGAGGAGGAGCCCAAACGCAAAUCCCACAAGGAGGAUCCCAAAGGCAGAUCCCGCAAGGAGGAGCCCAAAGCCAGAUCCUACAGGGAGGAGGAGGAGCCCAAAGACAGAUCCCACAAGGAGGAGGAGGAGCCCAAAGUCACAUCGCUCAAGGAGGAUCCCAAAGUCAGAUCCAACAAGGAUCCCAAAGGCAGAUCCCACAAGGAGGAUCCCAAAUGCAGAUCCCUCAAGGAGGAUCCCAAGGUCACAUCCCUCAAGGAGGAGGAUCCCAAACCCAGAUCCAACAAGGAUCCCAAACCCGAUCCCACGGACCAGCGGUCACCCUAUAACCGCCCCCAUGGAUGCGUGUGCGUGUUUGGGGUGUGAACUCGCGUGAGUGCAGGAAGGGAAAUGUGAUCAUUUUCAUUUUUAUCAUUAUUUUAAUUAUUAUUUGAACCGUGGGGAAAGGCAGGGGUGCUCUUUGUUACCCAACACCGAGAUCGGGUCAGCUCCUCCUCCUGAUCCCUGCAGAUCCCACAGGGAGGAUCCCAAAGAUAGAUCCUACAUGGAGGAGGAUCCCAAAGGCAGAUCCUACAGGGAGGAUCCCAAAGUUACAUCCCACAAGGAGCAGGAUCUCAAACGCAGAUCCUACAGGGAGGAUCCCAAAGGCAGAUCCCACAAGGAGAAGGAUCCCAAAUUCAAAUAUCUCAAGGAGGAUCCCAAAGGCAGAUCCCUCCAGGAGGAGGAUCCCAAACCAAGGUCCCUCAAGGAGGAUCCCAAAGGCAGAUCCCUCAAGGAGGAGGAGGAGCCCAAACUCAAAUCCUUCGAGGAUGAUCCCAAAGGCAGAUCCCACAAGGAGGAUCCCAAACUCAAAUCCCACAAGGAGGAGGAUCCCAAACCCGAUCCCACAGACCGGCUGCGGCCCCAUAACUGCCGCCAUGGAUGUGUGUGCUUGUUUGGGGUGUGAACUCGUGUGAAUGCAGAGAGGGAAAUGGGAUAAUUUUAAUUUUUAUCAUUAUUUAAUAAUUGUUUGAUCCAUGGUUAAAGAUUGGGCUGCUCUUCGUUACCCAGCACCAAGAUCGGGUCAGCUCCUCCUCCUGAUCCCUGCAGAUCCCAAAGAGAGGAUCCCAAAGGCAGAUCCUACAGGGAGGAUCCCAACCCCAGAUCCUACAGGGAGGAGGAACCCAAAGUCACAUCCCUCAAGGAGGAUCCCAAAGGCAGAUCCCUUGAGGAAGAUCCCAAAGUUACAUCCCACAAGGAGGAAGAUCCUGAAAGCAGAUCCCUCAGGGAGGAGGAUCACAAACUCAAAUCCCACAAGGAAGAGGAUCACAAACUCAAAUCCCACAAGGAGGAGGAUCCCAAAGUUGCAUCCCACAAGGAGGAUCCCAAGGCCACAUCCCCCAAGGAGGAGGAUCCCCAAUGCCGGUCCCACAGGGAGGAACCCAAAGCCAGAUCCUACAGGGAGGAUCCCAAACUCAAAUCCCACGAAGAGGAGGAUCCCAAACUUAAAUAACUCAAGGGUGAUCACAAAGGCAGAUCCCACAAGGAGGAUCCCAAACACAGAUCCUACGAGGAGGAGAAUCCCAAAGCCAGAUCCUACAGGGAGGAUCCCAAGCUCAGAUCCCACAAAGAGGAGGAUCUCAAACUCAAAUACCUCAAGGAUGAUCCCAAAGGCAGAUCCCUCAAGGAGGAGGAUCCCAACCACAGAUCCUACAAGGAGGAGGAUCCCAAACUCAACAAGGAGGAGGAUCCCAAAGGCUGAUCCCACAAGGAGGAUCCAAAAGGCAGAUCCUACAGGAGGAUCCCAAACUCUAAUCCCACAAGGAGGAGGAUCCCAAACCCAGAUCCCACACAGAGGAGGAUCCCAAAGGCCGAUCCCAUAAGGAGGAUCCCAAAGUCAAAUCCCUCAAGACGGAUCCCAAACCUGAUCCCACAAAGAGGAGGAUCCCAAAGGCCGAUCCCACAAGGAGGAUCCCAAACCUGAUCCCACAGACCGGCCACUGCCCCACAACUGCCCCCACGGAUGCGUGUGCGUGUUUGGGGUGUGAACUCGUGCGAGUGCAGAGCGGGAAACGCGAUAAUUUUAAUUUUUAUCAUUUCUUACACUGAUCUGAACAGCGGGAACUGACAGGGUGCUCAUUAUUUAUGGCCAAUAAUUUUAAUUUUAAUUUUUAUUUCAACCAUUGGGACGGGCGGGCGCUGGUUAUUCCCACCAAUAAUUUGAAUUUUGAUCAUUUUGAUGCCGAUUUUAACCACGGGGACAGGCGGGUGGUGGUUAUUCCCACCAAUAAUUUGAGUUUUAUAAUUUUUAACACUGAGUUGACCCCUGGGGAAGGUCGGGUGCUGGUUAUUCCCACCAAUAAUUUGAAUUUUGAUCAUUUUUGUGCCAUUUGAACCACAGGGAGUGGCGGGUGCUGGUUAUUCCCACCAAUAAUUUGAAUUUUGAUAAUUUUUACACCAUUUGACCCACGGGGAGUGGCGGGUGCUGGUUAUUCCCACCAAUAAUUUGAAUUUUGCUCAUUUUUACCCCGAUUCGAAGUGCGGGGCCGGCGCUGGGCGCAGCUGAGCACAAAGCCGGGGCUGCCGGGGAAGGGGAGGCCGGAGCAGGAUUUUUUUUGGGAUUUGCCUGAGAUGGAUCCUUGUUUCAUCUUUAAUCACGCCGAGCUCGGCCCCAUUUGUCAUGUUUACUCUCCCGUACAAAGGAUGGACCUUAUGUCUGCUAUUACCCCGACAGCAGCGCCCGCUUUAAUAAAUGAGCCUCAGCUCCUUCCCCACAACUGCAUUUUCUACGCCACCCCCUUUUUUGCCUUUUUUUUUUCUCCUUUUUUUUUUUUUUCCCCCUCAUUUUCCCCUUUUUUGCCUCCUUUUUCCCUCUCUAAUUUUUUUUCAUUUUAUCUUCUUUUUCACCCCCUUUUAUUCUCUUCUUUUCUUGGUUUAUUUUCUUUCUCUUUCCCCCCCCCUUUUCCCCAUCUUCUUGAAAAUAUUCUUGUCCAUUUUCCCCUUCUUUUUCCCUUUUCCCCUUUGUUUUUAUUUGGGUUGUUUUUUUCCUUUUUCCCCUUUUAAAAAGUUUUCUUCACCAAUUUUCUUCCUCCCUCCUUCUUCCCCGCUAUCUCUUUCCCCUUUCUAUUUUUCCCCAUUUUUCCUUUCCCCCCCUUUGUUUUCUUUCUUUAUUUUCCUUUUUUCUCUCUUUUUUCCCCUUUUUUCCAUUUUCUUUAUCAAUUUUCUCUCCCCCUCAUUUCUUUCUUCCCAACCCCGAAGUUUCUGCCCCGUUGUCUCUUUGGAGACACAAAUUGGAAAUUGGAGACACAAAAAAACCAAAAAAAACCCCAAAAACUCAACAAAAACCGCCAAAUCUCCUCCGGGGAGUUGAGAACUUUGUGAUACCGAGAGAAAAAAAAAAUUAAAAAUGGGAAUUGAGUCAAGGAGGUGUUGGACAAAGAAAGCAAGAGAAUGGAGUGGGAUCAAACCCUUUUUUUUUAUUUUUUGGGGUUUUUUUCAACCCCAGCAGGUUCAUUGCGAGUGAGGGGGGUGGGGAGGGAAGGGGAACUGGGAUGAACUGGGAUGAACUGGGAUGAACUGGGAUGAACUGGGAGCGCCCCAAAGCUCCUCCCUGCCCCGGUUUGGGGCUGAAAAUGUGAAUUUCGGGUCUGGGGAGGGGCGGUCCCGACCCCCCCCCCGGUCCCCUCUGUCCCCUUUGUCCUCGGGGGUGUCCGGAUUUACCUGGAAAUCCCCCAAAACCCCAAAAACGCCGCUCAGAAAUAAAUUCUGAUCCCAAACCUGCCCCUGCGUGGUUCUUGGGGGGGCGAGGCCGGACUGGGGUUAUUUAUGGCGUGGAAAAAUAAAUAUAUUUAUCUCGA